AUGCCGCCAGGAGCAGAAGCCACCGGGUGGCGGUGCCCGGAGCUGAGGGCCUGGGGUGCUGGGUAUGGAGAGCUGGGCGGUGGGCGAGGCGGAGAUGGGCAGGGGUGUGCGUGGGGCGCAGAGGCCGGCUGGGCACGGGCCCAGCCCAUCGUGGAGGACAGAGAGAGGAGGGAGGAGGCGCCCAUAGGAGCAGGACAUGGGGAGGCCAGCCCUGGGACGGAAGGUCACCGGGACACUGGGGACCUGCAGCGGGGCGCGUCGUUCUCGGAGCGCCCGGGCCUCCUCCCCGAGAGUGCACGGUCUCCGCUAAACGCACAAAGCCGAGGCCGGUCCUGCGGAGAGGGACGGGCUUCUGAUUCCGGGAGGCCCCCGGGCUGGAAGACGGACUCCCGCAGAGCUGGGCAGCUGCGGGAGAGGGGUCCCUUCUCUAAGGGCGGGGACAGUCUCUCGGGGAGAAGAAUGUCCUGGAAGUACAGCGGGGCCGCGCGGGGACCCGAGCGCCGGCCGCCCACGUCUGCCUCCCACCGUCCUCUGCGCCAGAGCGCCAGGCCUCGGGCUCACCCCCAAGCCUCGCUCGGGGAGCACGACCUCUGGCCUCCUGUCCCUCCCGUCCAGGGCCAACCACGGCAAAGAACCGAAGCUCCGGAGGAGCUGGUGGCCUCCGUCUGCGUGGUCCUCCGGCUGGCGUCUGCUCCAUCUCUGCCUGUGGGAAGGGGGCGCUCCCUGACCCCUGGGGCCAAACGAGGGAGAGUCCUGUGCACCCAGUCUGGGCUCGGGACAGCCGAUGUGGAGAGCAAGGGUGCCCACCUAGAACCCCCGCCCCUCCACUCUGGGGCUCUGAGCAAGAAGGAGGAUAAAGCGGAUUCCAGUGGAGGGACUGGCCACAAGCUUCCAAAUGUGUUUGGACCCGGCUGUGACCCUUUGACCUAG